GAUACAGCCUGUAAAGAAAAUGUCAAAAAGCAACUUUAUUACACUAUUGUCUAUAAAUACAAAUUGAAAACUUAAGAAAACAAAAAGAGAAAAUAAAAUUUAAUUUAUAAAAAUAACAACGAACUAUGAAUUUUGUGGAACAUAAAACCAAAAAUGGUGACAAAGGUUCGGAUUGGCAUUACUUUUUGAUUGACUCUAAUGGCUCUCCAAACGCCAAAUGCAAAUAAUGCCACAAAAUCUUAAAAACCAGUGCCGGAUCAACAAAAGGUCUUUUAAAACACAUAACCUGUGUUCAUUUAAUUAAACUUCAAAAAACAGUUUGUGAUGAACCACAGCGAAAGAUUAAAAAAAUUACAGAUUUUGGAUUUUUACAGCAUGAGGACACUUUUCCUGCGGUUAUAAGUCGUUUGGUCGCACUUGAUGGUCUACCGUUUUCCUUAUUUAUAACAUCUAAAGAGCUGCGUAAAUCACUACAAGCUCGUGGGUUUGAUGUCCCAAAAUCUAAAGAAACCAUCAAAAGCAAAUUCCUGGAAUUCUAUUCCAAGUGCAAGGAAAAUAUGAAAGAAGAAAUUUGUAAAAUAAAAACAGAAGGUAAUAAGUUUAGUAUUACUUUUGAAAUAAACGGUACAUUAAUAUCAUUGCUCACACAAAUGGACAACUUCUUAAUCUGGGUUUGGUUAGAUUAAAGAAGUCCGGUACGGCUGUUAAUUGCAUAAAUUGUAUAAUUGAUAAACUCAAUGAAUUUGAAAUUUCUCUGUCAUCCGACGUAGUAGCUUUUACCACAGAUGGUGCAUCUACCAUGCAGAAAACAAAACAACAACUUUGUUUUGCUCACGGUUUGCAUUUGGCGUUAAUAGAUGUUAUCUAUAAAAAAACUGCAAUUAUAUUUCCAGAAGAAGAAUUCUCAUCUGAUGAUGAUGAGGAUGUUGGUGAUUUGGAAGUUGUUAAUCCGGAAGAUAUUUUUAAAGUAUGUUCAUAUGAAAAAGAAAAUAACAUUACUGACAAUUUUCAUGUUAAGCCAUUAAUUGACAAAAUAAGAAAAACAGUAAAAAUGUUUAGAAAAUCGCCUACAAAAAAUGAUAUUCUACAAAAAUAUGUGAAAGACGACAAGGGAAAAGAACUAAAAUUAUUAAUUGAUUGCAGAACAAGAUGGAAUACUUUAUUCGAAAUGUGCCAGCGAUUUUCAGAAUUAGAAAUUCCAUUAAAAAAAACCUUCAUAGAUUUAAAGUGUGAACAAUUUACUGACGACGAAUUUCGUUCAAUUAAAAAAAUUGUUAAUGUUUUAAACCCAAUAAAAAUCACUCUAGAGGCAUUAUGUCGCAGUGACAUGACGCUAUGUAAAGCUGACGCUGCAUUAACUUUCAUGUUGAAGGAAAUAUCAGCAAUGAAAUGUGAUAUGGGCGAUGAUUUAUGUAUAUCCCUCAGAAAAAGAAUUGACGAAAGACGUUCUGUAUAUUCCACAAUCCUAAACUUCCUACAAAACCCAAACAUCAAUUCUAUAUUUGACCAAAAUGUGGAUAUCACCAAAAUAAAAUAUGAGAUAAAAAAAUUAAACUUACGUUUAAAUCAAGAUGAAAAUUCUAGUGAUUCGACUGCAGGGAAUGAAAUAAAUAUUGCAUCGGACGAGGAAUUAGAAGAUGAUAAUGUGUCAAUAGCCCAAAAAUUGCAAAAUGCUAUUGAUCAAUGCAAAAGCCCCAUAAGACACAUUAGGAACACUGACGAAGAUGAGUUCAAUUCAAAGCUAAAUAACGAAAUACAAAUGUUCGUAUCUGAAGGUAUAAGGGGAACAAUUUUAAAUAUCACAUACAAAUACUUGCAGACUAUUUUACCAACCAGCGUAGAGUGCGAAAGGUGCUUUUCUACAGCGGCCUACGUAGGAAACAAAAAACGUUCCAGAUUGUCUGACGAAACGCUAAAUGCGUUGAUUUUUUUAAGAAAUUAUUUAAAAAAUUAAUAUGUACUUUAUUUUUUCCUUAAUUUUUACAUAAUAGCUUUGUUCCCUUACUUGUCAUGUUUGCAGGUUUUUACCAGAAAUUGUAAAAGAGAACAAAAUUGAGAAAUAAAAAUUGUUUUCUCUUUGCCAGAACAUGCAGGUUUUAGCCAGAACAUUUUUUCCUGGCAAAUAGAAAAAAAUUUGUCAAAUAAAUUAUUUGUUUAUAAAAAUACAUUGAAAACAAAAACUGUUUAAAAUUUUUGAUUUAUUUUGAUAAAUAAGUAUGUGUGAUUGUAGUUUUUCAAUUUUAUUUUAAUUUUAAUAGAAAUUUGUAUGAAUAAACUUCAAUACAAAUUCAUUGAAAGAGAAAUUUUGUUUUUUUUUUGUUCCCGUACUUUUUACAAGUACGAAGAGAAAAUUCAUUAAUUCUCUAUAGCCAGAAAAGUUCUGGAACAAAGCUAAUAUUUAUGUAGAUCUUCAAUGUGACUUAUCAAAUUUGAAUUUUUAUUUAAAUUAUUAUUUUUUGUUAAUACUUUUCUAAUGUACACUAACAAAUAUUAAAAUAUUUGCUUUAUUUUUUACAUUAUAUUGAUGUAGAUCUCCAAAUGUGAUUUAUGAAUUUUUAAUUUUAAUUGAAAAAUAAUUUAUGUUAAACUAAUGUACACUGAUAAAUAUUAUUAAUAUUACAUUAUUUGUCAGCAAUGAACAAUAUUUAUGUAGGUCUCCAAAUAUAAGUUAUGAAAUUUUACUUAAAAUAAUAAAUUUUUGUUAAUAAAAGUGAAA